UCGGCGCAAAAAAAAGUGAUGGGUGGACACAGGCUCACGACUCACUGGCCACAGCAGCCAAGGUUACCAAAACCGUCUGCCAGUCAGACAGUAAUGCUGCCAGCACAAUCCUUUUAAAAAUGUUAUUUCGAUGCUAACCAACUAGCUAACUAGCUGAAAUGACAGCAAUCGUUCAGGACUCAGCUCAUAUGACUUCGACAGACAAAAGGAGCUCAUUUAAUUGGCAUCACAAUAAAAGAUUUCAGAGACAUGUCUGAAAACAGCAGUGAACAGAAGAUCCUGAAAGGCAACGACCCGAUUCGGCUCAACCUGACCACAGCCCUGGUGCAGAUCCUGGUGUGGCCCUUCAUCUACAUCAACCUCUUCAUGUACUACACCUUCCGCAGGAAGCCGGCGCUCCAGGCAGAACCGCGCUUUGCGUUCUUCGCCCAGAUGUUGCUCGCCGACUCGGCCCUCUUCCUCAUGACUGACUUUGUGGUCGUCACCAUCCACGUUCACUUCCUGCUGCCGCUGGGGUUCUGCAUCCCGUUCUCUGUCGUUCUGCACGCUCUCACCCACGUCUCGCCCACCUUCAUCACGGCCAUGUGUCUGGAGCGCUAUGUGGCCAUCUGUUUCCCUCUGCGGCACGUUGAUGUCUUCACCCCGACCAGGACCCUGUUUAUUGUAGUCGUUGUGUGGCUCCUGAGUUUUCUGCGCCCAUUUGUCGACCUGUGCAUUCUUUUAUCGGCCGUGUCCAAAAGCUACUUAAAUGGAUGGAAUUUUUGCUAUUAUGAGAUUCUCCUGGUGAUCAAGUGGCACAUGGAACUAAGGGGCAAUUUGUUUAUUUUGAACUACCUGGUGCUCCUGGCCAUUCUGUUCUUUUGUUACGUUGCCAUUAUUCGCGUCGCUCGCCGGGCCUCCGGUAAGGACAAGCAGGCGGCCGCUAAGGGCCAGAGGACCCUGCUGCUGCACCUCCUGCAGCUCUUCCUGUGCACGCUGGAGGUCGUUUGUCCUUACAUCGAGGCCAAGGUCAUACAGAUCGAUCUGAACAUUUACGUCAUCGUACGCUAUUUCAAUUUCUUGGCAUUCACUAUUCUGUCCAGGGCAGUGAUUCCGCUUAUCUAUGGCUUCAGAGAUGAGAAAUUUUACUCUGCUAUGAAAAGUGUUGGAAAAUGGAAUAAGAGCAAAAUUAAUUUUGUUAAAUAAAAUAUGCUACAUGAUGUGACAUAGGAAAAAUAAGGGGGUGAGUUAGGCAAAAUAAA